UUGCCAUGAAAGUUUAUAAUUCCAUUAAAUAUAAGCAGUCAUCAAUGAAAGAUAGGAUUUCUGAAGUAAAAAGAGCAGUCCAUGUGAGUUUUGAUGGGAGCAGUUCCCAGGUUUUAGUGGCUGAAAACCAACUUUCAUCACCAAGCUGUAAAGAAACAGGAAAAAAAUCCCACUCAAAGGCAUGGAUUGACAACGGCUUCAAGCAGGACAUAAUACAUUCAACAAAGAUUCCCAAGAUGACCAUGAGCCUCUUUUCAGUCAAAGCAGGAUGUGCAAAAGCUGCCAAUCAAAAGCCACUUGUUGCACGUAAUCAGAGGACUUCAGAGGUAUCAAUGGUUGUGACAAGUACAGAAAUGUUGACCAGAAAGAGUAUGUCAACUGCAGUUAAUUCAACUCCAGCAAAGAAAACCAGAAUGAAACCACCCUUGGAAAUGAAGAAUUCAUCAGGAAGAAAUAUUACAUUUAAAGUUAGAUCAGAUGAAGCAGAACCAGGAAACUCCAUUUACGUAGAUCUCCCUGAAGAGAGGGCAACUCACACGUUCGUAGAAAAGAAGAGCACUAUGAAUGCAAUUGAAAGCAAGGAAACAACUAACCCAAUAAAAGCAACCUCACAAUGUUCCAAAUCACUUCAGAAGAAAAUAACACCCAGCAAAAUUGUUGGCUUGCUGCAGGAGGAAGAUGAAAGAAAUCUAACUUCACAAACAGACCUACAAGGAAGACUGAAUGAUAUUGUCCCAGACUCUCAGCCUGUGGUAUUGAAACAAAAAUCUUUAUUGCCUGGUCUUUUAGACAAUAUUCACAAGGGUCAGAAGUGUUUGUCCAAGAAGAGAUGUUGGGUUUCUGAUAGCCCUAUUUCAAGCUGCAGUACUGUAGAAAGACAAACUGCAUCUGUGAAAUAUGCAUUCCAACAAGAUGAUCAGAUUAUCAAGCACCAAGCAUUUUGCUCAAUAUUUGAUGAAAAAUCACCGAAAGAGGAUGAUCAGAAUAAAUUUAAAAACUCAAAAAAUGAAGCAUUGGAGAUGCAGCUGGAAGGCAAGUUAGAGAAAAUGACCCCAAGAGGAAUGCAUGAAAGAAGUGGAACCUGUAUCAAGGACAACUACAAAAAAACAAAAUUUACAGAAAAUAUAGCUUCUGAAAUGGAUAAAUUCAAAUUGGAUGAGAUCUGCCAUAAUACUGGAUGUGAAAAGCAGAACACUCCAAAUAGCAACAAGAGUUCCAAACGAUACAAAACAGAUUUAAUGUGCAAGAAUCAACCAAAAAAGAGGGAAUGUGACGUUAAAGAAAACACAGUUACUGAAACAAUGAUCAGUGUAAUUGCUGCAAAAUAUGCAAAUGAGACAAAAGAAAAAUACUUGAAUAAAGAAGUACCUCUUUCGACUAGAUAUCGACUGGAUGAAUUACAUGAUAAAAAGCUGCAAAAGAAUUUGAAAGAUGAGAAACGGACAUGGAAAAGGCAAAAGGGAGGAGUAGCCUGCACUGUGAAUUUGAAGAACAAAAUGGAAGAUAGUGCACUUGAUGUCUACAGUUUUGAUGACAGCUUCAUAGUUGAACCCACUGUAUCACUGGGGAUGCAGAACAAGAAAAUGCCUCAACAAACUUGUUCAAAUAAAAGAAAAUCCAAGAAAAUGAAUAUGAAACGUAAACCUACAAAGAAAGAAGAAAUACAUAAGUCUGUAGGAAAAGUAAAUAGAAAACACUUCUUUACUGACACUGACACGGACGGCAAAACAGAAAUCAGUUGGUUACAACAAUCUAAUAGAAAGACAAAGCCUGAACUAGUGGCCUACAGCAGACAAAGGAAGCGAAAUACGGCUGAUAAUUUAGGCAAAGGAAAAUUAACCACAACUGUUAGGACUGACUGUGGGAAGAAAUCAAUAGAUAAGAAGAAUAAAGGUGGUCUGAGGGAAGAAAACAAUAAGAAACCCACUGAAAAGAUCAAUUUAAAAGAAGUCCCAGCUGAAAAGAAACAAAGAAAUUGUCCACAAAGGGCAGCUGCUAUGCAAAGGUGUUACAAAGAAGUUUCAGAAUCUGCAUCUGAUAGCUACGGAGAAUCCCUGAGUCCGUCCCAUUAUAAAGAAAGGGAUUUAAUCAUGCAAGUGCCUGCUAAGAAGAUUUGUACAAAUGCCAAGGAGAAAGCAAUCAUGUCAGCUGAUUAUGAGCAACAGAGUGAAACAUCAGAAGCUUCAACAGUAGUAUCAUAUGAAAAUACAUCAGCUGAGAAGAUCAGAUAUGAAAAGACAUGUGAGUCACUGGUUUUAACAAGAUCUUCCUCUCUAGUGGAAUCUCUGCCAUCCAUUCGCACUGAUUCAUCACCAGAACCAUUACAAUCUCCUCAUCUUUCAAUAGUAGUCAAAAAUCCCUGCAAAUUUUCAAGGAAUGUUCUGAAAGCAGCAACCCCACUGUCAUCACCAGACUUUUCAGCUGCAAAGUCAACCUUCACCUCUGGUUUUUCAGCCAUCAUAAGCCCAAUCUCUCUGGUUACUCCAUUGUGUCCAGAAAUAAACGAAAAUGGUGAAAAUGCUCAGCAAGAAUUAGUUAAACUGGAGAAUCCAGAUGAAGAUAUCAUUACAAAUAAGAGUCAGUCUUCUGAGAAUUCAUUUGAAACUACAAGGUCACCAAACAACUUUAUACUAAGUUCUAUAUUGAGCAAGAAAGCAACUGCUGAGGAAACCCCAUCAAGAUCAACUAUUCUUGAAAAGAACAGAAGAGGAGAGAAGGAUAGAGCUCCUUCAGCUGAAGCACACACAUCAGGUCCAACUCGCCAUUCCUCUGUACUCAAACGCAUCUGUGGAAAAAAUCUUCAAAGUGAUUUUUCUGAUGUUGAGGAAGAAGAGGGAACAACAGAGCAAAGAGCAAAGCUAAAACGCAGAAGUCUAUUUAGUUUUGACUUUGGAAAGCCAAACAGAGAUCCAGAGCUUUUGUCCACUAGCAAUAGAGGAUCUUCCAUCAAACAAAUGGACCACUGGGGUCAGAGUGAACCAAACAUGGGAGUCAUUUGUCAACAGUUUAGAAAAGAACUCGAAGUUAAAUUCCAGAGGCACUCUCAAAGGAUUGACAGUUUGACUAAGUUUUCUCUGAAGUCUCUUCAACAAAGGAUGUCAUCGACAAAUGUUCAAAUUCACAGUUACAGGUUACAGAGGCUAAACAAGUUUCAAGCAAUUGUCAUGCAGGAACUGCAACAUUUUGAAAAGGACUGCCUAUCUCUAAAGUGCAUGGAAAAGGAGCUAUCAAAUUUCUGGAAACAACGCUCAGAAGCUUUCAAUGAACUGAAAGAAAAUCAAGAGGAAAGAAUUCAACAUCUGAGGUCAUCUCUUGAAAAUAAUGUAUGCCACAGUAUGGAAAUUGAAGAGAAGAUAUUCAGUACUGAGAUGCAUUUGAUGAGAAAAGACAUGAAAGCAGUACAAAACAGACUCCUGAGGGAAAUGCAAGAAGAGGAGCUGCGAACAGUGCGCAGGGGACUACAGUCCUUCUUUCUAUCUGAAACCACACAUUUCUGAGGACCAUAAAUCUGCAUCACAGGCAUAGUUUUAAGAAGACGUUGGGAAAUCUAUAUGACUAUUAUAUUCACAGUUCCAUUUUGUUCAGUUCUGAUGCAAAUGAUCAUAGAUCAUUGCCCUUAUCAGGCAUUCUUGUUGCUGUUGGGAUAGGGCUAUUAAGUCAUUUUGGAAUCUACCUUUUCUUAAUUUGUUACCUCCUUAUUUCCGUGUAUUUACUAUUUCUUCAUAUAUACUUGUUUUGUACAAGCAUGAUUACUUGUUUCAAUGUAUCACAUGGGGUCUGUAUCAGUUGUUCAAAUUUCAUUUAUUAUAGAAAGGCAAUUAAAUAUUAUUGUGUGUCCGGAGUGAUGUGAAAAUAAGUUAUUGGGAGUAGUUUAAUAGAGAACAAACCUUUUCCAUCAUAACAAAUUUUAGCAGAGCAAAUAUAUUUAAAUUAUAUUGCUUAGUAAGUGUUCUCACUAAUACUCUUCAUCAUACAGCUUCCCUUUUUACUAUCCUAUAAAAUAUUUGGAUAUGUAUAUGGAAGCUGUAGUAAAUAAUUCCAAUAUUAAUGUUCUAAUGUUUACUUACAAUACUGUUGACUUUUGAAAAUUAAA